GGUUGGCACCGGGAAGGCGAAGGCCUCGAGACCGUGGAGAAAGGGAUGCCUUCUGCUUUCUCCGUCAUCGGUCGUUUAUGAACUUUCCUGCGAAAGAUCGUGAUGACGACGAAGACGAGCGCGUUGGUCUGCAACUUCUCGUUUCGCACGUCAUCGCUCACGACUCGGUUCAGCGCUCAACGGCGAUCGAGGACGCUAGGUGCAGAGCCAAAUUGCGUGCCUGCCAUGUCGGAUUCGAACUCGAGGGUUGCUGCUGAUAUGGACUGCAAUGGCAAUGCGCAAUCGGUUCCAGUUGGAGUAGACUAUGCUGAAAUAGUUGUCGUGCGUCACGGUGAAACGGACUGGAAUGCUGAUGGAAGAUUUCAGGGAACUCUGGAUGUCGAAUUGAAUGCAAUUGGAAGGCAGCAAGCAAUUGCAGUGAGUGAAAGGCUGUACAGAGAAGGUAAAAUCUCUGCAAUUUACUCAUCUGACCUAAAACGAGCUUUGGAGACGGCAAAUAUGAUUGCAACUGCUUGUGGUGGACUAGAGGUUAUCACGGAUCCAGGUCUACGGGAAAGAAAUUUUGGGGAGCUUCAAGGCCUUCAGCCACAUGUUGCAGCUAGUGUCUGUCCUGAAGCCUAUAAAGCCCUUCAAUCGCAGAAGACGGAUCAAGAAAUUCCGGGUGGUGGUGAAAGUAUUGAUCAGCUUUAUCAGCGCUGCACUAUGAGUUUGCGAAACAUUAGCAUAAAGCACAAAGGAGAGCGAGUAGUAGCGGUCACUCAUGGUGGUGUACUCCGAACGCUUUAUACGCGGGCUUGCCCAAAUAAACCGCCUGUGAGGUUCUUGAAUACUUCUGUCAACAUUUUCCACUUGUCCGAUGGGGACAACUGGGUCUUCAAAUCCGGAGGUGAUGUUAGUCAUCUCAGCCAAAUAGAAUAUCUGAGAACAGGGUUUGGUGGGGAUAGAAGUUCUGGUUAGAUCAAACUAUUCUGGAUGCUGUUCCGGUAGCCCUACCUGUAAUGAGGUACGAUAAGCCUUUCUGAGAGGCAUGAUUCACUCACUUGUUAUUGUCUUAAAGGAUAAUUUCAUUCUUGGUCCUCAUGUUAUGCCAUUUGUCCAAUUUGAGUCCUUGAAUUCUCAAUUUGCGAUAUUGGAUCCUUUAGUUUUUGUCGUU